AUGUGUAUGCGAUUAUAUUUGAAUGGUGAAUAUGAUGCAGUUCUAAAAUGGCCAUUUCAUUUCAAGAUAACCUUUUGUCUAUUUGAUCAAUCAGGACAAAAACGACAUAUUAUUGAUUCAUUUAAUCCAGAUACGAAAUCAAAUUCAUUUCAAUUGCCUACAGCACAGAUGAACAUUGCAUCGGGUAUACCAAAAUUCUUUCCAUUAGCCGUGUUACAACAAGAAGAAGAUAAUUAUGUAAAAGAUGACACAAUGUUCAUCAAAUGUAUCGUGAAUUUUAACGAUUUUUCAACAAUGAUGUUGCCAUAUUUAUUGAGUCUAAAUCCGGGAUUACCGAAUCACGUUCAGGAAAGAAUGAUCGAAAAUGAAUUGCAGCGACGACAACAACAACAACAAAAUCAAUCUGUAAUCACCACAACAAUACCAGUCUCUAGUCCAUGCACUUAA